AUGUCCAAGGUCUCCGCCGACGCCCUCAUCCAGCUCGCCAAGCAGCGACGCACCAUCUACCCUCUCACCAAGAACCUGCCCAUCUCCACCGCCCGCGUCCAGGAGAUUGUCAACGAGCUGACCCUGCACACCCCCUCCUCCUUCAACUCCCAGUCCAACCGCGUCGUCGUCCUCUUUGGCGCCGAGCACGAGAAGCUCUGGGACUUUGCCACCCAGCGCCUCAAGGCCAUCGUCCCCGAGGAGAACUGGAAGCCCACCGGCGACAAGAUGGCCAUGUUCCGCGCCGCCGCCGGCACCGUCCUCUUCUUCAGCGACAACACCACCGUCAACGAGUACAAGGGCAAGUUCCCGGCCUUCUCCGACAAGUUCCCCAUCUGGGCCUCCCAGAGCCUCGCCAUGCAGCAGUACCUCACCUGGACCGCCCUCGAGCUCGAGGGUGCCGGUGCGAACCUGCAGCACUACAACCCCCUCAUCGACGGCGACGUCCAGAACGAGUGGAACGUCCCCGCCGACUGGAUCCUCGACGCCCAGCUCGUCUUUGGCGGCAAGGGUGGUGAGGCCGGCGAGAAGGCCUUCAAGCCUGUUGAGGAGCGCGUCAAGGUCUUUGGCGCUUAG